AUGAAGGCGGUACUCUGUUUUGUGCUGGGGCUAGCAGCCCUGGCUACGGCCGUCCCCAGUUUGGACAUGAAGGACGACUUUAAAUUUCCCAUGGACAUCAAAGAGCGCCAAUUCUUUAUAUUGAAGCUUUUUAAUAACAUAUUGGAACCAGUUUCCUACAAGGACAUCGAAGACAUGGGCAGAAACUUUAAAAUUGAAGAAAAUGUCGAUUUGUACACCAAACAAGAUGUUGUCAAGACCUUCCUCAAUUAUAUGAAGUUUGGCUUCCUCCCAAGAGGAGAGGUCUUCACGCUUCACGUCGAUCGCCAGCUCAAAGAAGUAGUCACCAUGUUCCACAUGUUGUACUAUGCCAAGGAUUUUGACACCUUCAUCAAGACCGCAUGCUGGAUGCGUCUUUACCUUAACGAAGGAAUGUUUGUUUACGCCAUGACAGUAGCUGUCAGACACCGCGAAGAUUGCAAAGGAAUAGUACUCCCACCGCCAUAUGAAAUCUAUCCCUACUACUUCGUCAGAGCUGAUGUGAUCCAGAAAGCAUACUUAUUGAAAAUGAAGAAGGGAAUGCUCGACGGAAAACUGAGCCACUUCUACGGUAUCAAGAAGACCGACAAAGACGUUUACGUUAUCGACGAAAACGUGUUUGACAAACGCGUCUGGUUGAAUGAUGAGGACAGGCUUAGAUACUUCACUGAAGACGUUGAUCUCAACACUUACUAUUACUACUUCCACGUCGACUACCCAUUCUGGAUGAAAGACGAUUUCUUUAACAACAAAUUCAUGAGCCGUAGGUGGGAAAUGACAAUGUAUGUGUACCAACAGAUCCUCGCCCGAUACUACUUGGAGCGUCUUUCUAACGGAAUGGGUGAUAUCCCUGUCCUGUCGUGGUACAAACCGAUCAAAGAAGGUUACUGGCCCUGGUUAAUGAUGCAUAAUGGAGUGAAUUUCCCGAACAGAUUCAAUGACUACGUCACUGUUAAGGAUAACAAUGUGGGCUUCGUUAACCUUGUCGAAAACUACGAAAAGAUGAUCAACGAAGCUAUCAUUAAAGGAUUUAUUGAGAUGAAUGGAAUCAGAUACGAACUCACCAAGCCUGCAGACAUUGAGAAACUUGGAAAACUAGUUUUUGGAGCUGAUGAAAGAACCGACCUUUACAAGGGACAGAUAGGGGCCUACCGCUACAUGCUCAUCAUGAUGAAAUCAAUCGUUGGACUUAACACUUGGUUUUCCGACAAAUACUUUGUUGCGCCAACGAUAUUGGAUACAUACCAAACAGCACUUCGUGACCCAGUCUUCUAUCAACUACAGAAACGUCUAAGCUACUUAUUCAUUCUCUUCAAAAUGCGUCUACCUUCCUACACCCAUGAAGACUUGUACUUCCCUGGAGUUAAGAUUGACAACGUUGUUGUGGACAAGAUGGUCACCUACUUCGAUGACUACUUAAUGGACAUGACCAACGCAGUUAUCCUAAACGACGACGAGUUCAAGAAGAGCAAGUCCGAUAUGACCUUCUUUGUACGUAAACGCCGUCUUAACCACCAGCCAUUUAAAUUCAGCUUCGAUAUUACAUCUGACAAGACUACUGACUGUAUCGUCAGAAUCUUUUUAGGUCCUAAAAUGGAUCAAUGGGGUCGUAUCAUCGACUUGAACGUCAACCGCUUGAACUUUGUGGAGCUCGACUCUUUCUACUACAAGCUUGUGUCUGGAAAGAACGUAAUCGUCAGAAAUUCGUUUGACAUGCACAAUUUAGUCCGCGAUAGAAUGAUGACCAGAGACUUCUGGAGUAAAUUGAGUACUGUCACCGACUUCAAAGAUAUGUUCACCAAGGAGUUUAAAAACUGGCAAACUGGUUUCCCUACCAGAUUGAUCCUACCCAAGGGUCGCAUUGGCGGUAUGGAUAUGUUACUAUACAUAAUUGUUACACCUUUGAGGUUAGUCGAUAAUGUUGACACAGCUAUGUUCGAUACAUACCGUAAAGACGAUUUCGUUGACUUCAGGUCGACUGUCUUAUUAGACAAGAUGCCUCUUGGUUUCCCAUUCGACCGUGAGAUUCAAACCACUAAGUUCUUUACGCCAAACAUGAAGUUUGUUGACUUUAAAAUUUUCCACAAGGAGCAAAUGUGUGACAUGAAAAUGCGCUGGGACUACUACACUCUUAAGAAUUACGACAUGACAACUAGGUUAUCUAACACAUUCGAUGACUACUUCACGGGUGAUGUAGAAAUUAACAAAGACCUUUAA